AUGCUGCCCUGCUUCCAGCUGCUGCGCAUUGGGGGCGGCAGGGGCGGCGACCUCUACACUUUCCACCCCCCAAGCGGAACUGGCUGCACCUAUCGUUUGGGCUGCAGGGCCGACCUGUGUGAUGUGGCCCUGCGGCCCCAACAGGAGCCCGGCUUCAUCUCGGGAGUCCAUGCAGAGUUGCACGCUGAGCGCCAGGGUGAUGACUGGAGGGUCAGCUUGGAGGACCACAGCAGCCAAGGGACUUUGGUCAACAAUGUCCGACUCCCUAGGGGUCACAGGCUGGAGCUGAGCGAUGGUGACCUUCUGACCUUUGGCCCUGAAAGGUCCCCAGAAACCGGCCCCUCGGAGUUCUACUUCAUGUUUCAGCAAGUCCGAGUCAAACCUCAGGAUUUCGCUGCCAUUACCAUCCCACGGUCUAGGGUAGAAGAGGGAACCGGGGUUGGCUUCCAGCCCAUGCUGCCUCCGCAGGGGGCUCCGCAGCGGCCCCUCAGCACCCUGUCCCCUGCACCAAAAGCCACGCUGAUCCUCAACUCCAUCGGCAGCCUCAGCAAGCUCCAGCCGCAGCCCCUCACCUUCUCCAGGAGCGGGGGUGGGCCACCGAGCCUGCCUGCCCGCACUCCCCUUGGGAAAGAGGGGACCACCCCUUCUGCCCCGACCCCAAGAAACCGAAGGAAAUCAGCUCACCGAGUGUUGGCAGAAUUGGAUGACGAGGGAGAGGCUCCCGAGAGCCCCCCAGUCCUUAGAGAGCCCAGGAAGAGACUCUGUGUAGAGACGCCACCGACACCCAGUGGAAAUCAGCGUGGGCAUCCUCCAAAGCACCCCGUGAGCACCCCCGUGACUCCUCCUGUGGUUGGGGGCGGGGAGCCCUGUGCAGCCCCUUGUUGCUGCCUGUCCCAAGAAGAAACGGUGGCCUGGGUUCAGUGUGAUGGAUGUGACCUCUGGUUCCAUGUGGCCUGUGCUGGCUGCAGUAUCCAGGCUGCCAGGGAGGCUGACUUCCGGUGCCCAAGGUGUCACAUGGGCGUCCAGACCUAA